AUGAGUGCCCGAGAUUUUCCCGAAGACGACAGCACAGAUGAAAGUCACCCGGAAGUUGACGAGGACUCUGGUGAAGGAAGCGGUGAUGAAAGUGAUCACCCCGUGGAAGAGCUGAGCGAGGAGGAUCAAAAAAAGGAGCGGUUUCGUGAUAUCAAAACUAAGUUUGACGAGAUCCAGAGCAAAAUCGUGAGCGGCAAAGUAGACCUGAGCAAUGAGGACCAGCGAGCUCAAUUCUUUGACGAUUACAAGGAGUUCUUUGGGGGAAAGACCUCUCUUGAAGACGACAACGAACGCACGCUCCUCCACCGAGCGAUUGAGCGCACAGAAAAAGGCGAAGACUUCUCGAGGUGGAAACCGCUGAUCGAGCACCUCAUUGUGAAGUAUCCGGAUACUGUGAAGGAGACGGAUAGAUAUGGCUACACGCCUCUUUACGAAGCGAUAGUCAAGAAGCGACAGGAGUUCGUGAGAUCCAUUUGCGAACUUCAUCCAGAGCUUGAUAAGGUCCUCAAAGUACAGUCUUCUACAGAAAAGGAGAAUUGUAUACACGCUGCCAUCCACAAUAUCAUCCCGGGAGAGCUUACCACUAAGCUUAUACAAAAGGCAAAUGAGGAAAUUCUUUGCCAGCAGGAUGUUAAAGGUCGUACACCGCUGCAUGUUGCGGUUGACUACCAGUAUUGCACCACUAAGCAAUUGGCAAUUGUGAAGCUCAUUGCUACAGGAUCGGUGGCGGCGUUGAAGUUACGGGCCACAAGUGAUGCAACAAAAACACAAAGCAAACAAUUCAAUGGCAUGUCAGCUUACCUGUUCCAUAUUGAGAGCCGCAUCUUAGGAGUGGCUGAAGAUAAGGCCAAGGCAGAGAAGGCACGAGUGAAGGCAGAUGCAAGAUUAGAAAAGUUAAAAGCCGAAAAGGCACCGACGGAAAAGGCAGAACGAGAUGCCAAGGUAGCCAAAGGUGUGUUAAAGGCGCUGCCGAGUAAGGACGGCAUCCUUGAACAUGACAGCCAGGCAAAGGACGGCUCUAUUGGAAAAUUUGGAGGAAAUGACUUAAAGCCGACGAAGCUGACUAGAGGGUCAGAUUCGACAGAAGCAUUAAGCAAAAUACAGAAGAACGAUCCUGGAGCCCAUUUUGGCACGACCUCUCAAGUACCACAAAGAAAAUACAGGUCUCGAACUGCUUUAACGAGCACGGAACCUGCAUCGCCAUCGUCAGAGGCUCUCAAAAUUGGUCCUCGAACUGAAUCAGCGGAUCAAGAGAGUAUUCACGAUAAUUUUCCAACAUCGAGGAAGCCGGCAGAGGCUAACAAGGGAAGGAAGCUAAGUAAGCAAAGCAAGCAAAGCGUUAAAGCUACUGAUAAAGGUAAAGCCAAAAGUGGGAAAGUCGUAAAAAAGAUUGAGAAGCCUUCAGAAGAAAGUGCAAAAGCAAUCGAGGAGUUUCUGAAACUGCACUGCUUGCGGAAUCUGAGACAUGAUGAUGCCGUUGAUUUUCUCUAUGGGCAAAAUGAAAGCAAGCAAAUCUAUUUUGAUCUGUACGACCAACUUGACGAAGAAAUUAGCGAAGCAGAUAUCACUGGUGGACUGAGCCACCUCAAACUGGAAAAUGUUCUGCAAUAUGUAGCAUUGCCAUACCUGCGACUCAAGACGGCCGAGAAACCGGUCAAAGAAACUAAGAAGCCGAGUCGAUUCCUCCUGAAUAAACCCGGGAAGUCAGAGGUACCAGAUAGUCACGGCCGUGGGGAUUUAGGGGUCAUCUUCAGAUUUCUCCGCGACACCAAGAAAGUAAAGCAUAUCAUACGCGUUAUCGUCAACGAUCGACGGGAGCCGGCACACAGUGACGAAGAAAUUGUGAAGGCACUUGGAGGUAUGAAGGUUGAGAUCUGGGAUUGGCAACGGUUUGAUCUGUGUACAGACACGGUAUUCCUUGCUGCUCCCAAUUAUGUGGAGGAGUUCAAGGCUCUUGUGGAGUCGAAUGGUGGUCCGAAGGUUGAACCACCUGUGCCUUCUGAUUUCGAUCUAGAUUCCAGCACGCAUAAGACGCACGUCAAUGGAGUCGAUGCUCAGCUUGAGCCUGUUGCGCGCCGUCACCAGUGGCUCACCACCAUUGACGAGUUCGCGAAUUUCCUCGGGUCCGUAAACUGCAAGUAUUCGCUGAAAGAGAAUGUGACCAUAGCGCUUAUAGACGACGGCGUAGAUAUGAGAGAGAAGAGUCUACACGGCAGGAUUAUCGAUGGGAAAAGUUUCUGUCCACGAGAUAGCCAGCAAGACUUGAACGUCUCUUAUUACGUGAAGGGUGGAGGGCAUGGAACAGCGAUGGCCAACCUGAUUUGUCGAGUUUGUCCGAAUGCUCAGCUAUACAUUUUGAAAUUGGAGGAGUACAGGAAUGGAAGCGGGAAGCCACAAAUCACAGCGAAAAGUGCUGCAAAGGCUAUCUGGGCCGCAGUGCAGAAGAAAGUUCAGAUCAUUUCCAUGUCUUGGACAUUGGACGAGAAAGGGCUCCGCGAAGACGAGAUCACUGACCUGAACGACGCUAUCAAGGCAGCCGCCGAUGAAAACAUCGUCAUGUUCUGCGCUGGCAGUGAUGAAGCAAGUGAGACAGACAGGACUUACCCCGCGCUAUCCCAAGAGAAGCGUAUCUUCAAAAUCGGUGCUGCGACCGCAAACAAAACCAUGUGGGAAUGGACUGGAAAGGGCGAGGUGGAUUUCAUUUUCCCCGGACACAAGGUUGUCAUGGAAAUGACCGAUGAGGUCGCACUGACAAAUGGUAAAGUAUUGACAGGCUCGUCAGUUGCCACGGCCAUAGCAGCUGGUUACGCUGCCCUACUUCUCGAGUGCGUUCAAAUAGCGGCACUUGACUAUGCGGACUUGCAAGAACAGCGGGGGAACGUGGAAAAGGACGAAACUACUGUUAAGGACGAGAAAGAGCAACGCAGCUUACUUAAGAAUCUGCAUGAACGGCUCAUUAGUACAAAGGGUGUGACCUUGGCUGAUUACUCAGCCUUAAAGACUCACAAAGGUAUGAAGAAGCUCCUCGAGAUAAGCAAGACGGACGAGAAAUUCGUUGAGGUAUAUGAUCUCUUUGGGACUUGGAAUAAGAAGGGGAAAACAAUGUCCGAUUGGGAGAAGACUGAGGUUGUGGCAAGCAAAGCAGCGCUGUUAAAACUAAGGUCUAAGUAA